GGCCGACCACAGGUGACGUCUCAGAGAGGCUUCUCAUCUUCGUCGUCUCCAUAUGUGCUAGAUCUCUUUCUCUUUUCCUUGUGAUCUGAGGAAGAAGAUUAGAAGAAGUUGCCAGUUUUUCUAGGGUUUUUGUUCAAUCUGAUUUAUUUAAAUCAAGGAAAAUGGCGGCUCCACCAGCUAGAGCUCGAGCGGAUUACGAUUACCUCAUUAAACUUCUCCUAAUUGGCGACAGCGGUGUUGGUAAGAGUUGUCUCCUUUUACGAUUUUCAGAUGGUUCCUUCACCACUAGUUUCAUUACGACUAUAGGUAUUGAUUUUAAGAUAAGGACCAUCGAGCUCGAUGGAAAACGAAUCAAACUGCAAAUCUGGGACACUGCUGGGCAGGAGCGAUUCAGGACAAUCACAACCGCUUAUUACCGUGGAGCCAUGGGUAUUCUGCUGGUGUAUGAUGUAACUGAUGAAUCGUCAUUUAACAACAUCAGGAAUUGGAUCCGAAACAUAGAACAGCAUGCAUCUGAUAAUGUAAACAAGAUACUGGUCGGGAACAAGGCUGACAUGGAUGAAAGCAAAAGGGCCGUUCCUACCUCUAAAGGUCAGGCGCUUGCUGACGAGUAUGGCAUCAAAUUCUUUGAGACUAGUGCAAAAACAAAUAUGAAUGUGGAGGAGGUGUUCUUCUCAAUAGCUAGGGAUAUAAAGACAAGACUUGCUGAAAGUGACACAAAGGCUGAGCCACAGACCAUUAAGAUCAAUCAACAAGGGCAGGCAGCAGGAGGGUCUUCUGAAGGUGGUCAGAAAUCAGCAUGUUGUGGGUCUUAAAAUGGGUUGAAGUAAGUUGAUUUUAUAGUGACAGCAUAACAUUAAGAAGGUUGCUUGUAUUUUUUUUUCCUCAGCAUUCUAAAUUUUAUUUUACCAACUUGUGUUUCAAAAGCUGCUUUCCAUCAAUGCAUACAUCCAUCUUUUUAUCAUUUUCUCA